GAAGGGGCCAUCUCGAAACUGUUCCCACAAAGUUGGUUGCAUGAAAUUGUCCAAAAUGUUUUGGUAAGCUGAUGCCUUAAGAGUUCCCUUCACUGGAACUAAGGAGUUAAGCCCAACCGCACACAAUAAUCCCCCCUCCACCAAAAUAUACAAUGCAGUCAGUUGCUGUUGUUACCAGUUGCUUCCACUUUGUUAUAAUACCACUAACCGUUGAUCAAGAAAUAUUUAGUAGCAAGGAAAUUUCACGUAUGGAAUUAUUGCACAGGUGGCAACCUAUCGCAGUACCACACUUGAAUUCACUGAGCUCCUAAGAGCGACCCAU